AUGCAAAGCCAACGAUAUUACUCGCCAACCUCAACAAAUAAUAGUACCAUUACAUCAUUAUAUCACAACAGCAUAUUUAACACUAAUACUAAUAUUGGCAGGCCACUGCGACAUCCAGAGAAAGAAGAUCUGGCAGAUGUAGAAGAUGUAGAAGAGUGGAGAGACGACAAUAACUUUGACAACGAAUCUGUUUCAUUAAGCACCAUUAGGCCAAAUUACAUAUCAAACCAAGAUUUAAUUAAUGCGAGGGCAAUAAAUUUGUUGGAAAGAACGAGGAAGAAUAAAAAUCAUAACGGAAAUUUUCGUUAUCGACUCACAGACAACAGUAGACGUUAUGAAACAGAGCAACCGUCGCCACUGCAUUUGAACAAUGAAAAAAACAUUGAUAAUAACCCCAUUGACAAUGAUUACUAUUAUUUAGCGGAGGAAGAACAAGGGAAUGACCGUAGAUAUGACAAUGACUAUUAUCAAGAACAACAAUCAUUUUCAUAUGAAGACGAAGAGGCAGAGGAAGAAGCAGAAGACAUUCACUAUAAUAGUCAUUAUGACAGCAGUAUAUAUGACGAUUAUGAAUACAACGAUGAAGAUUAUGAAAAUAGGGUCUUCACUAAUAAUAGAUUAGACAAGUCGGCAAAAAUAGGGGAUUCCAGGGAUUACAAUAGAACAGAUCUACGGCUAAGUGGAGAAUUAAGGAAAAAGAAUAGAGUUGGUAAAAAUAGGGAUGUAGAAGGGUCAAAGACAAUAAGGUAUAGACCUAGCGACCUGGCGUUAUACGAGAUUAGAAAAUACCAACAGUCAACAGAUUUGCUAAUAUCGAAGAUACCGUUUGCCAAAUUGGUCAAAGAGAUAACAGACAAUUUUGUCUAUGAGAAUCAACAUUUGCACUGGCAUUCUAUGGCAAUCUUAGCAUUACAGGAGGCAAGUGAAGCCUAUUUGUAUGGUCAUUAUAAUUCUCCAGCUAAUCAAUAUUCGUCUUUCAGUGAUGAAGUUCCGGAUAUUGGAAAGAAAGCUGCCGUUUUUGUUCAAUCCUCUAACACCCACCCAAAUAAUAUUGACAAUAAGUAUGACUACUCUCAUAAUUUCACUUCUGCUUACGCCUUAAACGCUGCAACUAGAAGUUUACAUGAUUCUAAUACUAGUCAACAAUAUAAAUUGAUUCAUCCAACCGAUUUAAACACUUCUCAUACAGGUUAUUCAAAAAAGUCGGCCUGUAAGGCUUACUCAGAUUCUUUAAAAUCAAUUAAUGUUCCUACAACAUCUAUAACCACAACCACAGCAAAAUCACCCACUACUACUACUACUACUACUACUAUCACCAGCACUGUCACCGUUGGCGCUGCUGCUGCUUCUCAUCAGAACUUAAACUUAUCUAAAGUUUUGAAUAGUGCAGAAAAUAAAGCACAUAUCAGGAUUAAUAAAAGGUUUAGGCCCGAAUCUGAGAGCACUAAAACUUUACGAAACAAAAAUGCAUUAAAUGCUGCAUAUAAAGUGAACUCAACAUAUUAUCUACCCGAUUCAUUAUUGCAAGAACGUAAACAUGUGCAUGAUUUGGAAAAACAAAAAAUAGAAUUUUACAACUUUAUGGUAUCUCCAAAAGUUUGGAAUCUAGCUUCAAGCAACACAACAUCGAAAUUGAAUUCAAUUGAUAAGAACAUUCGUUCAUUGACUACUAAAGGUGUAUUAUUUAAUAACAUGGAUUACAAUAUAAAAGCUGUUCAGUACGCGCGCAAACAAAUGCAAUUAAACAAAGAAAAGGAAAAUCAAACGUUAGAAAAAACAAGGGGCAAGAUAUAUACUGGUGGUGGACUUUGGAUACCAAAUAGAGAUGUUGACGAUAUUUCGAGACAUAAUGUGAAACCACUAAUUGAAAAAAUUGAUUUAAAAACAGAAAUGGAAAGAAAAUUGGAUAUUGAACUGGAUCGUAGAGAAUCUACAUAUAAACAAGAAUAUAAAAGAUGGAAGCAAUUGCAAAUUAUUAGAAAUAAAAAUGACGAGGAUUUAGUCAAUGAAACAAAUUUGCAGAUAAAGUCAGAAAGACAAGAAAAUCAAAAUUUAAUAAAUGAGGAUAUGCAAAAUUUUUCUAAAGAAAUGGAAAAUAAACUGAUUUUGAAACAAAAACAAUUAAAUGAACUUGUUGAAAAAUCAAAAGAAUUAGAAACUGAAUUAUUAAAUAAAAAAAUACAUUUAGAAAAAUUGCAGACUGACCAAUUGACUAUUUUACAGAAGAAACACUCUAAAGAUCUUGAUAAAUUAGAUAGAGAUAAAAUAGAAUUGUUAAACCCUUACUUUGAAACUUUAGAUGAAAAUGAAGAUAUCAAAACAAAAUUACAAAAUGAAUUAGAAGCAAUAAAGAUUGAAAUACAAGAUCUAGAAAAUGAGAUCCAAGUACAUGAUGAAAACAUAUCAGAAAUGGAUGAUAGACUGAAAUUGGAAAAGAUACCUGCAUCCUCCAAAAACAUAGGGGAGAGAAAUAUUAAUAAGACAGAUCAUGAGAAAUUGACAUCUAUCAUAUCUAUUAGUCAUAAGGGGAAAACAAAAUCAAAGAAGAAGCAUGAAUCUUUAUUGAUAAGUUUAGAUAAAGAGAAACAUGAUCAGGAAAGAUUGGUUGAAUUGAAGAGAGAAAAACUAGAAUCCUUGAAAAAAACGAUCAUUGAACGUGAACAUAAAUUAAAAACUAAUGAAGCAAAUUUAUUGAAAAAUAAGGAAAAAGUAGCUCUUUUAAAAUCAAUUAAAGAAUCAGAUGAAAUUGAUGAUAAUCAAAAUACUGUCUCUUCUAAAUUAAAUGGAGUGUUUAAAAAUGCUGAUAACGACUUUAAUAGUGAUUAUAGUCAGUAUGAGAUAAUUAAAAGACAGAAUGAUAUCGCGAAAGAAGGUGAUGCUAAUGUUAUAAAAGGUGAUGACUAUAGUGACGAUGACAGCGUAGUUGCUGGAGAAGGUAAUGAUAUUACAAGGAUUCAAAAAGCUGAAAGAGCAAAAAACAAAGGAAAGGCAACUAUAAUAACUACAGGUCCAAAUUUGUAUCAAAGUAAAUAUGAUAAUUCUAAACACAGUUUUGAUAAGGAAAGUUCAUAUGGUGCUGAAGCAUCUGCGUCUGUCAGAUCAGUGACAGGUGUUAGUGGUGUUUUGAAUACGCAUCCUUCCAUUAAUAGUAAUAGACAAUCUUUUAGAAAUCUAGGUAAAAAUAAACCUAGAAAAGAUAAUGUCAAUUUAGAAUCAAAAAUGAAUUAUGAGAAGAAAAUAUUCCAAAAAUCCUAUUAUUACAGCUCAAGAAAACCGACUACUGCAGUCGUUGCACGCAAAACAGACACAUCAUCAUUACCAUCAGAGAAAAAAAAUUACUGGGAAAAUGAAAGUCAUGCUAGUAAUUCGAGUGAUUUAAAAGAUAAUUCACCAUCUUUUAGUGGAUUUUCUCAAGGAUCAAUAAAAGAUCAUGAUGAUCAAAAUAAAUAUAUUAGAUCAUCUUCUAACGAUGUAAAUUCUUUAAAUAAAAAUGAUGAAACUGCAAAUGGAGAAAAGAGUCUUUUCAAAGAGGUAUUUUAA